AUGGGAUUGCUCUUUGGUUUUCUAUGUGUGCUGCUUGCGGCAGGGCAGGUGGCAGCGUGUAUAGACAUGACUUACAAUGAGAUGCUGGCGUACAAAAGCAGGCCUGUGGGCCGCGUGCGCGGGGAGGACGUGUAUGUGAGCCCGGAGUGGGUGGGGCACCCGGUAUGUGUGUCCAGGCUUGUCUGGCUGGAGUACGUGUACAACAUGCGGAGGUACUCGUGCGGGCUGGACACGAGCUUCAGCCUGCUGCCGAGCGGGCGAGUGGACAAAUACGGAGGAGAUGCGUACACAUAUGUGCGAGAGCCGGAGAAGGACAGGGCACACCUUCCCGAUGACAUUGCGAGCGCGGCAGCGUUUACAGGAGACGAAGGGUACUGCGUGAAGUUCCACCAAGCGCUGGUGCAUAUGUUUGGUCUGCAGAAGAAGGGAGGCCUGGCAGUUAAAACUGGACGGCCGUGCUCUUUCACAGAGUUUCUUCGGAAGAGCUGCAAAACCACAGAAGAGGCGCACUACGUGCUGGCAGCGCUGGUUCUGCUGAGCGAGGGCGUUGACGUGCCGAUUCGGACCGCUGGAAACGGAGUGAUUCUAAAAAAAAGAAAAGACAGCAAUGACGUGCUGGUGAACGCGUGCGUGCCAGCUGUGAAGAGUGGAGAAAGGCAGCCAUCCGAGACGUGGCAGGUGGUAAACUUCUUCAAGCGGUACAGAGGCACACACAUGCUACCAAGCACGUACGAAGAGUUUAAAACGGGAGACUUUCUGGAGAGCCCGCAGCUUCUGAUUCUCACAUACAUAGGCGAGUACGUGAAGAGCGCGGAAGAGCUUAUGUCUGUGCUGGAAUGCAUAUUUAACCUUCUGGAGGGCAUGGGCCUGGCCGAGAGUGUGGGAGACCCAGGCAGCGUGGUCGGGCGGAUGUUUGUGCCUGCGAGCCGGCUGCCUGAGGCCCAGGCGCAUCUCGCGCCGUUUCUAGAGGGGCAUUCCGCUCUAGCGGCCUUGGAGCACUUGGAACAGUUUGACUGCCUUCAAAGAGAAGCCAAAUAUGCGGUCCUAAUUGCCAGAGCCUCAGACGAGGAGAAGGAGUACUUUGACAAGCAUGGCACAAACUGCAGGUUUCUUGGAGCGUGUCUGCUAUUGACACGCCUGGCAUUCGACCCGGAGAAGAAUGCAUACAGCCUGGAGGGCCUGCUGGCCGGGGCCGAAAACACGGAGGAGGUGGCCAAAACCAGGGCGUUUUUUGAGGCAGUGCAGACACACAUAGAAGAGGGUUUUCCUUUGGGCUGGCUGAAGGAAGGGCAUGCGCAAAAACAAAGAGACCUGUGGCUCAUGGUGCAUGUGCAGUUCAUGGAGGCGCUGGGGAAUUUAGAGCCGACGUUUCUAAACCAAAUACGUGCGCUUGCGAAGAUGACCGGGCGGCUGCAGGCUGUGGUGGACGAGCUGGCGGCGCACCAAGCGGCAAUGGAUGCUGAAGGAAGCACAGAGCUGACCUCUGAGGCGAUCGAGAGCGUUCGGGCGCUGCUGCGCUCGAUAGCAGUGGACAAAGGUGUGGAGGUGAAGAUUAGAGAGAACUACGAUUCCUUUAGAGGCGGAGAAUACACGCUUACAAUAAUUCGUGUGCCCGAACGCACCAACAGAUGUGAAAUGAUAGCGGUGUUCGCACAAGAAAACACUUGGGUGACAAUUCUAGAUCUGUCACGCCGAACUCUCUCUAGCAGAGAGGAUAGUGUGUUGGGCGUGGCGGUCGCGCAGUACAGGAAGGAAGCGCUGUUUUCGGGCUUUGUGCUUGCGGAGUGCAUGCACCGAAUCGCGGCUGCGAAUAUCACUUUAAACUUUCCAAGCACAAAAAUCGAAGAUGUGCAUGAAGCUGCGCGGUGGGCAGUUGAGUGCAGCCCGGCCAGGCCAACCAGCGUGCUGAUGGCGCUGCCGGUGGUGGGGACGCGCUUCAGGGAGGACCUUGUCUCUGCGCUGGUGCUGUAUGCCGAGCAGAAGAAGAUUGAGCUGACUCUGGCACACCCGGUGGGCCGGCUGGUUGCGAACAUGAUAGGGAGCAUUGACCUUAGAGACUCGAUAUCCCGGCGCUGUGUCCUGAAAGUGCCUGCAGUUGCCGGCAUUCUGCGGGUGCUGUGUCCAGCGCUGCAGCUGUCCGAAAAGUCGCGACGGGAACUUUGGAACUCACACAUGCAUAAUAUGUAUUGCGGGCUGUAUCCCUUCGAAAAGGCCGAUCUGCUUGCACGGGAAAACCUUAUGUGGUAUUUUCGAGCGUACGCAGAGAAACAAAACGAGCCGCUGUUCAGGUGUAAGCUGCUGCAUAUGCAUGCGAUUAUAGCAAGGCGUGGCGCGUGUCUGUUUUCGACGGACCCGGUGGCAUCCCUAGAAGAGGUGUGUGCGCUUGUUCUAGCGGAUAACGCGGGAGAAGACCUGGUGACGGCCAAGGCCCUGGCCAAUGCGCUGCGGAUGUCCUGGCUGGCGGUUCUUUUGGGGAGGGGCCUGCAGAGGCAGAAAGGUGCAAUUGUCGAGAUUUACAAGACUGUUAAGCCGGGGCAUCUUGAAAAAGAGCUUGAACAGCUUUGCGAUUUUUGGCGGCGCGUAAAUCUAAGCUCUACACUAGACAGCCUGAACGAAGCAAGGAAUGUUCUUGUAGGGGAAGUGGGCCGCGCAAAGUUUGAAACGCUGUAUGAACUCUACCGCCAAGUAUGCAUUAGAUUCCGGGGUUGA